AAGACUACUCGGACAUUCACUCACACUACAGCAAACAGUAAAUACCUGGUUCCAACACAGCUGGCUGUGUUUCAUUUGUCGCUGUUGAGACUCUUGAAAAGCUUUGACACGGACAGCUCACUUCAGCUUUCUCGUGCAUGUUCAGACCCUUUACUCAGAAACGCACUCUCCACUUCGUUUAAAGUUGGCCAUUUUAUCGCCUUCAAUCGGCCAGCUUGUCGUCAUCGGACUCUCAAACAAACAUGUCAGCUAAUCCGCAGCGUGGACGUGGCCAGAGCCGUGGCGGUGGGCGUGGUGGUGGGCGUGGCGGUGGGCGUGGCGGUGGGCGCGGAGUUCGUGGCAACAGUCCAGCUUCUGGCGGUAGAGGUGGUGGACCGGGCGGUUAUGGCGACGGUCAAGGCGAAAGGGGCCCGGCGGGACGCCCAUUGCAAUCAAUGCCUAUGCGCGAUGGACCUCAAUAUAUCACUACUCCGCCUGGUAUCUUCCUUGAGGGACAGCAGGUGGCUCCGCCGCCGGCUCAGGUCACUCAGCGCGAGGAUGCCUUGGUCCAGCAAAUCAAGGGACGCUUGAUAGACGGGUUCCCAACCCGACCCGGUUACGGCACACAAGGCAAGAAGAUCAUCCUUCGAGCUAACUGCUUCGAGCUCGUCGCAAAUGUCGACCGCGGCCAACCGGACAUCCCUCUCCAUAUGUACAGCAUCUCCGUGGAAGGAGCUAUCACCAAGCAGCAGAAGCGUUACCUCGUGUGUGGCAUUGUGACCCGCCCACCCUUCUCCGAUGGUGAACUUCAUUGGGCGACUGACUACGCCAACAUUAUCGUCACCACGAAGCGUCUUCCGGAUGAAGAAGGCAAGAAGCGGAAGAUCGUGGUCCGCAACCCACUUGAGGACACUCCGCCAGGCGGUGACCAAGGUUCAGACAACUCACAAGCGCAGCAGAGGCGCACCAAAACUUACCGAUUGGACUACAAUGACAGCUUCAGUCUGCAGCACCUUGCCAACUACCUCCGCGCAACAGCCGGUGGGGCUCAUUACGCAGGGCGCGUCGACCUCAUUCAACUGCUCAACAUCAUCAUUAAAAAGUAUGCCAAUGACGAAAGCACCGUCGUCAAUCCGUCAACAAACAAAUAUUAUCCUGGCCCCGGGCACCCAGAUCUUGUGCUUCGCCAGCUUGGAGAAGGGCUGGUUGCCUACCGAGGAUACUUCUCCAGUGUCCGCACGUCUGUGGGUCGAAUCCUUGUCAACAUUAACGUCUCCCACGGCGCUUUCUACAAGGACGGACCGCUUCGUCAGCUGGUCCACGACUUCCUUGGUGGUAUCCCAACUGCUGAUCAGACAGCGACACUUACCAAGCUUGAGCCCUUCCUCGAUAUGGUCAAGGUGUCAUCGAAGUAUCUGAAGCCGCGUGACGCAGACCGCAAGAUCAUCCCGGGUUCUCAACCCCUCCGCAAGAUACACACCAUCAUUAAUCUCGCCAAGGAGAUGUCGCAGGACAAACCUCCUAGGCUUCGCUACCUGGAUGCCACCCAUGCCACUUUCACGUACAAGCCCAAUGGAAACGAGGAUGCGCCAGAAACUCUGACCACUGUCUAUGACUAUUUCCGCAGACACCAUGGUAUCACCCUCAAGUUUCCGAAUGAGCCCGUGCUCAACGUUGGCACUCGAACGGACCCAAAAUACGUGGCGAUGGAGCUCUGCGAUGUGCUCCCAGGGCAGGCUGUGCGUCGCUUGCUUGGUGGCAAUCAGACUAGCGAGAUGAUUCGUUUCGCUGCUCGAGCCCCCAACGCAAACGCAAUGUCAAUCCAGGGUGCCGACCAUGACGGCGAUGGACUAAAAACGUUUCGCUUGAGGGAUGAGGACAAAGAACAAUGGCAGUUGCCGUUUGGCUUUCAAGUCACGCCGUCUAUGAUCACGAUCCAAGCUCGUGUCCUUCAGAGUCCGAAGGUGACAUACGGCAAACGGGAUGCCAUAACACCAAGGUUUGGCACGUGGAAUCUGGUCGAUCGAGAAGGUAGCCACUUCAACUUCUUCCGGCCUGGGCGCUUCGGCAAGUGGGCAUGCUUGAGAAUUAACGGCGGCAGCGGAGUUAGCAACGAGCUUGUCACCAUGAUCGACAAAGAGCUGCGCAGCUAUGGCAUCGACAUGGGUGUGAAUGCUGGUGCCCAGGAUGUCCAGCUCAACGACUGGCACCAACUUCGCAACCGGCCAAGCAUCAACGAGGCUCUCGAUCGCAUGUUACAGCGAGCCAAGAGUGCGGAGAUCCAGAUCAUUCUCGUUGUUAUUACGGACAAAGAUCAGUGGCUGUACUCUCGCAUCAAAUACUACGGAGAUGUCAAAUACGGCAUCCACACGGUCAACGCUCUGGGCAGCAAUCUGACGAAGCCCUGGAACCAAGGCAUGCUGAUCGGCAAUCUUGCGCUGAAGUUCAAUAUCAAGGGCGGUGGCGUAAACCACCAUAUCCCAGUCGACCAGCUGAAGCCUUUCGACGACCGUACCAUGAUGAUCGGAAUUGACGUUACUCAUCCAUCUCCCGGCAGUACUGAGAGUGCGCCCAGCAUAGCUGGCGUUGUUGCAAACUACGAUCAAUGGCUCUGCCAGUGGCCCGCUAGUAUCCGCGUGCAAGACGGGAAGAAGGAGAUGGUGCAGGAGUUGAAAGACAUGCUCAAAGAGCGCUUCGUCAAGUGGGACAAGCACAACAAGCAACGGCCGAAUAAAGUCAUCGUCUACCGCGAUGGUGUCUCCGAUGGGUAUUAUCAGACAGUACUUGAGGUUGAGCAAGGCGCCAUACACGAGGUCUUCCAAGAGCUGUAUGGGGCCAGGACCAGUUGGCCGAAGCUUGCCAUCAUCAUCGUGGGCAAGCGGCAUCACAUUCGCGCAUUCCCAACAUCGCAGAGGGAUGCCGACCGCACGUUCAACUGCGAGCCAGGCACGGUCAUCGAUCGCGGGCUCACCCAUCACACUCGUCAUGACUUCUACCUUCAAUCACACGCCGUGCUUCAGGGUACUGGCCGUGCGGCGCAUUACGAGGUCAUCAAGGAUGAUAUUGGCAUGGGAGCGGACGAGCUGCAAGGCUUCACGCACCGCUUGUGCCAUCUCUUCAAUCGCGCCACGAAAGCAGUUUCGGUGUGCCCACCGGCAUACUACGCCGACCUGCUGUGCGAGCGUGGACGCUGCUAUCUUUACUCAACGUUGUCGGAGAAUCGCUCAAGCACCUCCUCACGCUUCAAUCGAAACCAGGCUGAGUGGACAAGCGGCGUGCAUGGCGACUUGGCCGAGAGCACGUUCUACAUUUAGGACACCGCACGUCAACUAACGAAGUGGCUGAUCGAUUG